UCUCGCGGCGCACGGCGGCGAAAGGGUCGAGCAGCGUGCAGCGGAGCACGCGCACCACGUCGUCCAGGAAGCAAGAAGCCAGCCACCAUGGCCUCACCUUCCUCUUACCCUCUGGAGGAGGACGAGAGUCUGAAAGGAUGUGAGCUGUAUGUCCAGGAGCACAGCGUGCAACAGGUCCUCAAAGACUGCAUUGUGCAUCUCUGCAUCUCCAAGCCAGACCGCCCCAUGAGGUUCCUGCGGGAGCACUUUGAGAAGCUGGAGAAGGAAGAAAACAGACAGCUCCUGGCUCAGCAGAAGGCAGCCUCCCAGUCUGACUCGCACGAUGAGGAGGUCUCACCGACCCCCCCGAACCCCGUGGUGAAGGCCCGCCGCCGCCGUGGGGGCGUGAGCGCCGAGGUGUACACGGAGGAGGAUGCCGUGUCCUACGUGAGGAAGGUCAUCCCCAAGGACUAUAAGACCAUGACGGCGCUGGCUAAAGCCAUCUCCAAGAAUGUGCUGUUUGCUCACCUGGACGACAACGAGAGAAGCGACAUAUUCGAUGCCAUGUUCCCUGUCACUCACAUCGCCGGGGAGACCGUUAUACAGCAAGGGGAUGAAGGAGACAACUUCUACGUGAUAGAUCAAGGAGAAGUGGAUGUGUACGUGAAUGGAGAGUGGGUGACCAGCAUCAGCGAAGGAGGCAGCUUUGGGGAGCUGGCACUCAUCUACGGCACCCCCAGAGCAGCCACAGUGAAGGCCAAGACUGACCUCAAGCUCUGGGGCAUCGACCGGGACAGCUACCGGCGCAUUCUCAUGGGCAGCACGCUGAGGAAGCGCAAGAUGUACGAGGAGUUCCUCAGCAAGGUCUCCAUCCUGGAGUCCCUGGAGAAGUGGGAGCGCCUGACGGUGGCCGACGCCCUGGAGCCCGUCCAAUUUGAAGAUGGAGAGAAGAUUGUGGUCCAGGGGGAGCCUGGGGACGAUUUCUUCAUCAUCACGGAGGGCACGGCCUCAGUCCUCCAGCGCCGGUCCCCGAAUGAGGAGUAUGUGGAGGUGGGGCGCCUUGGGCCCUCCGACUACUUCGGGGAGAUCGCCCUGCUGCUGAACCGGCCCCGGGCGGCCACCGUGGUGGCCCGGGGGCCCCUCAAGUGCGUCAAGCUGGACCGGCCUCGCUUCGAGCGCGUGUUGGGCCCCUGCUCCGAGAUCCUCAAGAGGAACAUCCAGCGCUACAACAGCUUCAUCUCUCUGACCGUCUGAGCGCCCGCCCGCACCCGCAGCCCCGCUUCCCGUAUGCUGGUGUCCGUGUCCGUGUCGGGGAGGCUGCAGGGCGGGGCUGGCGUCCCAGCCAUUCGGGGGCCACCCCUCCCUCCGGACUCACAUUUGGAAUAAAACAGUCACCUUGUGCAUUUCAGAAACAAAGGGCACACAAGACGCACCCCAGGCCGAGGAGGGGGUGGCCGUGCCCCCCACACGCCUCCCUCCUCUCCGUGCUUGAGGGCUCAUCUUAGGGGACCCCCGUCACUCCUCCCAAGUCUUCAGGGGGACACAGGAGUGUGCUCGUCCCCAGUGGCCGAGGCGCCAGGCUGUAUGAGUCCGAGCUGGCCUGGGUCCUGUGGGCGGGCCAGGUCUUGCUGGAGCUGACCGGGGGACGAGGGUCCCUCUUGUCCCUCUUGUCACCCUCCUCUCCAGAGUCGGGCCAGGCAGCUCCUGUCCUCCGGGGCCCUGUGAUGUCAGGUCCCCAUGUCUGAGUCUGAAUGUGGGGUGAUGAUGUCCAGGGGGUCCCCACAGGGACCCUUGGGCUUUCAGCAAGAAGUUGAGGCUUAAGAGAGAGAGGGUCCAGGUCCCUCCCUCCAAUGCUGCCUGCCCCGAAGAGGGUCCCAUUGAAGAUGUCAGGGUGGGAGAACCUCUGGGUGACGUCAGCCUCGGAGAGGAGGGAGGCCCCGGAGUCGGGGUCCUGACUCUGGGGCAAGGGCCGUGCCGGCUGCGGGGAACUCACACGGGCCCCAGACCUGCGUGUUUGGAGGAGUGGACGUGGUCGAGUGGCUGCGCUCACCUCUCUUGGAAAGUCUGCCUCGGGUGGGCUGGGAACUCUGGCUGCUUUGCCAGACAGUCAGGGGCAGUCAGUCACUCUGGCCUGCCGAGACGCCCAGUAUGGGAAGGAAAUACCAUGUGAAUCAGGGACUUUCCGAGAUCCGGUGAGCAGAGUUCUGGAUCACUGUUCUCUCUGAGUCAGGAGGGGUGACCCCCACACUGACUGCUGCCCCACUUCGUGGAGAGCUGGGAGAUGAGGAGGGGUUUCCUGAAACAUGUUCAAGGUAAAGAGGUCAGAGCCAGAGUCCCUGCGAGUCAUUCUCCAGCAGACACACCUCCAGUUACCACGUGUCCACGUCCCAGGAAACACAUGCAGCCCGUUGUCCUAGCAUCGAUCCUCCUGAUUUAGGAAAAUAAUAUGUGAGACCAGCCCUCGGUCCCCAGACCUAAGUCAUUGGUUGAUUGAACUCCCCCUUAAAUAUCUCCUCAAUCCAACAUUGACGUGAGUUGGACGGGCCUAAAGAGCCUCACGAGCUUCUGGUGACCUGAAAUUCAGAUGAGAUAGUGCCGCCGCCCUGAUUUUGCUCCUGCCUAUGCGAGUCCGGGGGAGGCUGCCCAGUCCCAGGUGACCCCUGGCCAGCCCCACCUUUGCCUGUGGACGUUUCUGUGACAUGUAAAUCCCGCCUAUUUAUCGCGAUGUUCUGAAUGCUGCAUGUGCCAUUAAACGUGCAAUGAAGAACC